AUGGCAGCGGUACACGGGGAUGCCACCAAUAAAGACACUUUUGCAUUCAGAAUCAUCUUCAUUUUGGUGGUCUCUGGGAUGCUGACCAUCAUUGGCAUCUUAGGAAACGGCUUCAUCACAGCCAUCUAUGGGGCUGAGUGGGCCAGAGGCAACAGACUCCCCACCAGUGACCACAUUAUGCUGUUGCUAAGCUUCUUCAGGCUCUUGCUACAGAUCUGGAUGAUGCUGGAGAAUAUCUUCAGUCUACUAUUCCACGGCAUCUAUAACCAAGUUACACUCUACAGCGUCUUCAAAGUCAUCAUCAUGUUUCUGAACUAUGGCAACCUCUGGCUUGGUGCCUGGCUCAAUGUCUUCUAUUGUGUUAGAAUUGCAAACUUUACUCACCCGUUAUUCCUCCUGAUAAAGAGGAAAAUCACAGUGCUGAUGCCUUGGCUUGUGAAGCUGUCAUUGCUGGUUUCUUUCUGUUUCAGCUUAAUCUUCUCUAGAGACAUCUUCAAUGGGUACAUGAAUAUUUCUAUACCUGUCCCUUCCUACAACUCCACUGAAAAGAAGUUCUUCUUUGAGGCCAACGUGGUCAAUCUGCUUAUAGCCUAUAACAUGGGAAUCUUCGUGGUUUUGACGCUGUUCAUCCUGGCAGCCACUCUACUGAUUGUCUCUCUCAGGAGACACACUUUGCACAUGAAAAACAGUGCCACUGGUUCCAGGGACCCCAGCAUGGAGGCUCAUGUGGGGGCUAUCAAAGCCACCAGCUACUUCCUUAUUCUCUACAUUUUCAAUGCAAUUGCUCUGUUUCUUAACAUGGCCAACACCUUUGGCGUUUAUGGUUUCGGAAGUGUUUUCUGCAAAUUUAUCAUGGCUGCCUACCCUGCUUGUCACUCGGUGCAACUGAUCUUGAGCAACGCUGGCCUAAGAAGAGCCUGGGAGAGAUUUCAGCACCAAGUUCAUCUGUGCGGUGAAAAGCAAGCCCAGUAA